AUGAGUUUUGCAACAGUGAGCGUUGCUUAUAAGCCGCUCCAUAACUGCUUGCUUAACUUACCGGCGCCGUUCAUCAGUCCAUUUAUAAAUUCAGCCAAUUUAUUGGUUCAAAAUGUUGUAAUUAAAGUGGAAUACACAAACAUAAAGGGUGAAUCGAGGUCAAUUUAUUGUGGUUGGACCGGCUUUUUCUCGGCUUUCUCCUCAACAGUGGAAAUCGAUCCAUCAUUUGCAACAAUAUCACAUAUUAAAGAAGGACUUGAGGUGUCAAUUCAAAUUGUCAUGCCCAAUGAGAUUUGCAGAAUUCAAACGGCUGAACUUGAACCAGCUACAACUGAGGACUGGGAAUUGACGGAGAUGUAUGCAGGCACAAUAGAGGAUAAGUUUCUCAACCAGAUAAGAGCAUUGCAAGUUAACCAAACUGUUAUCAUUCACCCAAAUUCAAAUUCAUCAAGUAGUACAGUCAAAUUUUUGGUCAAAGAAGUUUGUUCGACCAGUGAAAAAAUAAAGUAUGGUCUACUUACAAACAAUACUGAAUUACAUAUUGCUCCAAAAAUUCGGAAGCACACACAUUCUAAACAAGUGGAAAUCCCAGCUAAAGAAUUAUCUACGGCUAGUGAUCACUUCAUUUUGCGUUCUGUUGCUCUACCAAAUGACUUGGUGAAAAUAGAAUAUAAAGAUGACUACUGCGUAUUUGUUAAUUUGGACAAGCUAAACUCUGAUUUUCGAUUUGCAAUGAUUUCAGUGUUGGAAGGACCAGGAACUCCACAAAAGGCAUUAAUUGAUAUGAGUAGCAGACAUGGAAAAAAGAAGGAAGGUAAACUGUUAAAUAAAUUGAAGAAACCGAAGCUGAUUGCCAAGAUCAUGAAAUGUGCUACAUUGGAUUCUGGUACUAUUGCUAUUAGCAAGUUGCUUUCGGUAUCUUUAGGAUUGGAAGGAACAGUCGGCGAAAAGAUUAUGGUACAGCUUUUGAGCAACGAAGAAGGAAAACUAAGCGAUGAAACUUCAUACAAAUUAAUAAUGCAUCCAAUAACUACUGAGAGUCUGAAGAAGAAUACAAAGAAGGCAAUAAAGGAUGGAGAUCGCAAGAUGAGUAAGGAGAGCAAGCACAGAAAGGAGUUAAGCAUGAAAUAUCGAAAAAUGCUGGAAUCUCUUUUUCAUUCAAAUUCAAAACCACCACUUACCAAUGGUAUGAAAAUCCCCAUGAUUCAAAAAUCGCCAUUUGUUGAUGGAGCGGUACUAGAGAUCAAAUGCAGUAGUAAGAACGAGACAGAGUAUCCGCAUUGGAUAAUAUUUGACGACAAAUUGAUGCAUCAUGCAAUUGGGAGAGGAUCAUCAAUAUUGACAGAGAAGAGAUUUUUACAAGAUCGUGGAAGAGUUGAAGAGAAGGAAAAACAAUUUAAAAUGAUUGCAAGGGAUAAGGAACUAAGCGACAUUUCUGGAUGUAUAAAACGACAGACAAACUGCAUAAUAUAUGGAGCAUCUGGCUCUGGGAAGACAAUGUUAUGCAAGGAAUUAAGCAGUCAAUUUCAUUCCAAGGGCUAUUAUACGAAGGAAAUUGACUGCAACGAGAUUAUAAGCACUUUGAAUCUUGAAAAAUUGAAGAAACUUUUAACGGAGACCGUUAUUAUGGAAUUGCUUUGGCAUGAACCAUCUAUAUUAUUAUUAGAGAAUGCCGACUCCUUGAUUUCCAAAGAAACUGAACACGGAGAAUCAGGCUUCAGUACACAACUUGCCGAACUUUUUUCUAGUAGGUUGACUCCCCUAUCAAGAGGCCAUAAAGUUUCGCUAGUCGUGACAUGCAAGACUCGAGAUUCUAUAAAUCCACUAAUAUUUCAGAAACAUUUGGUUGAGGAGGAGUUUAACCUGAAAUCGCCAACCAAAGAACAGAGGCUUGAGCUUUUGAUCAACUUUAUAAAGAAGUAUCCACUUUCAGAACCAAAAGAUGAAGAAUUUUUGAGGGACGUUGCUGCAGACACUGAAGGAUACCUUCCAUAUGAUUUAAAAUGCCUCUGUGAUAGAGCAUUUCAUGAUGCUAUAUCAUCCGAGUUGCCAAUGAAGGACAGACACAUUGGUAUGGAAAACUUUGUUCACUCUUUGAAAGGAUUUACGCCAUCGUCCCUCAGGGGUGUAAAGUUACAAAAAAGCACAGGAACAUCAUGGAAUAGUAUUGGUGGAUUAAAACAAGCAAAGCAGAUAUUACUAGAGACUCUUGAAUGGCCAACAAAGUAUGCACCUAUAUUUGCAAAUUGUCCGCUACGUCUUCGGUCAGGAAUUCUUCUUUAUGGGUAUCCUGGUUGCGGAAAGACGUUACUAGCAUCUGCUGUUGCAUCACAAUGCGGGCUCAACUUUAUAUCGAUCAAAGGACCGGAGAUAUUGAAUAAAUAUAUCGGAGCAUCGGAACAGGCAGUUCGAGAACUCUUUGAGCGAGCCACAGCUGCAAAGCCUUGUAUUUUAUUCUUUGAUGAAUUUGAUUCCGUCGCUCCCAAAAGAGGCCACGAUUCUACUGGUGUUACAGACAGAAUUGUCAACCAAUUAUUGACGCAGAUGGACGGUGCCGAAGGAUUGGACGGGGUAUACGUUUUAGCGGCCACUUCCAGGCCGGAUUUAAUUGAUCCAGCUUUGCUUAGGCCUGGUCGUCUUGAUAAAUCGGUUUUAUGUGAAAUGCCUAAUUAUGAAAACCGACUCGACAUUUUGAAGACAAUUUUAAAAAGUAACAAGUUCUCGGUUGCUGCAGAUGUUAACUUGGGAGAAAUUGCACGUAAGGCUGCCAAAUUUUCCGGAGCAGAUUUACAGGCACUAAUAUAUAAUUCAUAUUUAAAAGCUGUACACGAAGAUUUGGCGAAGAAGGAGAAAUUGAUGCAGGAAAAUAACAAGGACGAGGGUGCCGUGGAUUACUUUGUGAGUUUAACCACCAAACAAAGUGCAAUACAGUCUUCGGUAACGAAUUUGGGUGAGAGGUUAAGAAGCAUAAGAAUGAAUGAGAAGGAAUCAGGGAUAGGUAAUAGUGCAGCCCUGAACAGGGGGUUGUAUGAUAACGGAGUUAAAAAUGAUCAUUCUAGAAACGUGGCAAACAAUUCGAAAAAAGUGGUUCUUAAAGCCGGACACUUUAAGCAGGGCUUACUGGAAACAAACCGGUCGAUAUCCAAUAAACAGAUAAAGAAGCUUGACCAAAUUUAUGAGAAGUUUACAGAAAAUAGAAGAGCAGGCGAUCUUCGGGAUGGAGAAGCAAGCCAAAAUAUUGGCGAGAGAACUACAUUGAUGUGA